ACGAGAUGCCUCGACUGUGCCUGUCCGUGCUGAUCUUAGUGCUGGCUCUGGCUACCUUCUCUGAAGCUUCUUGGAAGCCUCGCUCCCAACCUCAGGAUGCCUCCUCUGGACUGGGGACCCACGGGGCCCUGGAACCGCAACAGCUGGACCAGCUGGGCCUAACCUCUCACCAUCGAAGGCAGCUGGGGCCGCAGGGCCCUCAACACUUCAAAGCAGACAUGUUCAAGAAGCAAAGGCCAUGGAUGGAGGAGGAAGAAGAGGCCUACGGAUGGAUGGACUUUGGCCGCCGAAGCGCUGAGGAGGAGGACCGGCAUGAUUAGCAUCAGUCUUCCAGAGUCCAGUCACCCACAGCUCUGUCCUUGCAAAACAU